CUCGCUCCUGCCUUCCUUCCUUUCCUGAGCCCGACACAGGGAAGAGACUGGGUCCUUCUGAUCUGUCUGGAGAGCAUGUCGUGGCCACAGCCGCCGCUAGACCGGUCCAUCGUGGGCUGGGAUCCGCUCGACGAGAUCUCUGUCAAGGUUGGCGAAUGGAUUGCUGAGCUCGGUCGCGAUCGCGAGAACCUCGAGAUCGAGGCAAAAGUCGGGCGCAUUGUUGAGCGCGAUGGCUCGAGGGUGCAGCUGCCCGUGAUGAGCGAGACGAUUGUGCAGAUGCAGCCUGGCUGGAGGUUCGAGAGCACAAUGUCAGAGAGCCAGCACCGAUCCAUCAACAACUUUCUCAACCGGGCCGUCGAGGACCGGAAGCGGGGGAUCAAGUACGAGCGCCAAAACGAAAUCGACUACUUCUACAGGCAGGAGGGCGGCGCGAGCGUGCGUGUGACGAGGGAUGCGGGCACCAUGCAGGUCAAGGAAGGUGGCAUCGUCAUCAAGCGACGCAUCGCCGAUCUCAAUGUCAUCUGUCCGAAUCAUGACCUCGACUAUCGGAUUAGCAUCAAUGUCGAACAGCCUAUGAGCGAGCUGCCCGUUGGAGAGCCAGAUCGACACAGGGAGAAGAACCGGCUGCAUUACACGCACCAGCGUCUCUGCAUCGAUCUGACGCAGGUCCACAUGCCUGACAACCCCAAGCAACCAUCCAACGAGCUCGAGCUCGAGUUCAGAGACGCCACGCAGCUGCUCCGAGACGCCCUCGAGUCUGGUCCAGCGGCGGCCAAGAACGAGUGGACGCCGUACUAUGACCAGAUCCUCAUCAUGCUCAACAACGUCCGCAUCCUCAUCCGCAAUUCGGUGCAUUAGAGAGGGCCCAGCUAUGCCGCGUUGCUUGUGCGCCACAACCCACUACUGUAAUACUACAUGUUUUUCUCUUCU